CUGAGUCCGACUGUCUUAAACCCUCUUCAACCUUCUUUAUCAGGUCUAGGGAAAACUACUAGGAAAACCCCGCAAAUCUGCUUAACAAGUUACUAUGCAAAUGCAGACAGUAGCGCUUCCAACCUUUUGGCGCCACUUCAUUUAAGGCUGCCGAAAAAGCUUGAGAUCACACAUGAUAUAUAAUGUGAAACUAGGACAGCGCUAACCAACGACUACGAUGUCGAUUCACAUCCCACUCCCAGUCCCGACUCACCCACAUCAGUCUGCACCACCUUCAGCACUUUCCGAGAAGCAGCAGACUGUACAUGACCAUGUCCUCGAACAUUUCUCUCCCGUAGACUAUACGCUUCCGAAUGUUGACCAGGAGAAGGCUGCGUUGACGGUGGACGAACAGUUUUGGCUGUCAUAUGAAUGUCUUCUGAGAUAUCUACGUGCUACCAACUGGAAUGCAGAUGCGGCCAUAAAGCGCAUAGAAGAUACACUCAAGUGGAGACGUGAAUUUGGGAUCUAUGACAAAAUCACUCCUGAAUAUAUUGAACCAGAGGCAACUACUGGCAAAGAGUUUCUCUUUGGCUACGAUACUCACGGUCGACCUGCCAUCUAUAUAAGCCCCUCGAAGGUGGGUGCCGAAGAGACACCUCGUACAAUCCAGCUCACUAUCUGGAUGGCCGAACGCUCUUUUGACCUUAUGGGUCCCGGUGUCGAGACCCUUGCAUUGUUGGUGGAUUAUGCAGACAACACCACCAACCCAUCGUUUGGCAUGUGCCGCACUACGCUCGACAUCAUUCAAACGCACUAUCCAGAACGCCUUGGCCUUGCGCUCAUUUCAAAUCUUCCCUGGCUUUUGAACGCAUUUUUCAAAUUACUCACAGCGUUCAUGGAUCCCUACACUCGGCAGAAGCUGGUCUUCAACCCUGUCAUCAACGAGAAUGGUCUCUUCCGAACGGCUGCGGAUGCGGAAGCUUGGGAUGCCGACAGCGCAUCACGAGUAUUUGAGCCGGACCAGCUUAUCGAGGAGGGUUGGAACGGCUCCCAGCCGUUCAUGUAUUCCCAUGUUGUGUAUUGGGAAGCGCUUAUAAAGCUAUGCGAGGAAAGGCGCUCUAGGAUGCUCUCGGUGUGGCAUCGCAUGGGCGGGAAGGUCGGAAUCAAGGAAUGGGACGUUAAGGUUGCUGUCAGAGACGAGACGAUAGAAGCACAUGUAGAUGUGGACGGAGCGGAGAAUGGCCAGCUUCAGUCGUGAGGGAGCAGCCAAGCAUCCAUUUUCAAUGAAAUUUCUUUCUGACGUGCUAACGUCGACCCAAUCUACACGCAUGUACGUCUGUUGGGUUGUUCUGCAGACUUGCUUGUAAUUCCAAAUGUAUUGUGCUUUCAGGUCUGUCAGAGAACAGUCAUUACUGAAUUGAAGACCAACUAAAAUUACAGGCUGUCAGCUACUAAUCCAUUAUGACGCGGCGCGCGUAAGAUCAGCGAUGUUAUAAUACGAGUCCAUGUCAUUGGGGACAAGAUUAUUGUAAAAACGACUAUGGCAGCCA